AUGUCUCUGUGUCUGUCUUUCCGAGGCAGAUGGAAGAUGGGGCAGAAGAACUCACUGGGGGGCUCCUCGCAGCUCCCCAAGCAGGACUACAAGGCCCUGAGGGAAAAGUGCCUGAUGGAAGGCCGCCUCUUUGAAGAUGACAGCUUCCCGGCCAGCCUGUGCUCUGUGGGCAGCGGGCCCCUAUUGCGGAAGCUGCCGCCCGGCCUGCAGUGGAGGAGGCCUCCGGAGCUGCACAGCAAUCCCCAGUUCUAUUCUGCUGACACCAAAAGGCUGGACCUGUGCCAGGGAGUGGUAGGUGACUGCUGGUUCCUGGCUGCUUUGCAAGCUCUGACUUUGCAUCAGGACAUCCUGAGCCGUGUCGUUCCCCUGAAUCAGAAUUUCACUGAGAACUAUGCCGGCAUUUUCCAGUUCUGGUUCUGGCACUUUGGGAAGUGGGUUCCUGUGGUGAUAGAUGACCGACUUCCUGUGAAUACAGCUGGCCAGCUGGUCUUUGUCUCUUCCACUUACAAAAACGUGUUCUGGGGAGCUCUUCUGGAAAAGGCCUAUGCUAAGCUGUCUGGCUCCUAUGAAGACUUGCAGCGUGGACAGGUGUCUGAAGCACUUGUGGACUUCACUGGAGGGGUGACAAUGACCAUCAAGCCGGCAGAGGCCCCUGGCAACCUCUGGGACAUCCUCACCUGGGCCACCUACAGCAGAACCCUCAUUGGCUGCCAGACACACUCAGGGAAAGAGAGGGUGCUGGAGAACGGGCUGGUGGGUGGCCAUGCCUAUACCCUCACAGGAAUCAGAAAGGUGACCUGCAGACACGGACCAGAAUAUCUAGUCAAGCUGCGGAACCCCUGGGGCAAAGUGGAAUGGAAAGGGGACUGGAGUGACAGCUCGGGUAUGUGGGAGCUACUGAGCCCCAAGGAGAAGAUUCUGCUCCUGAGGAAAAGCAAUGAUGGAGAAUUCUGGAUGACACUGAAGGACUUUAAAACACAUUUCAUGCUUCUGGUCAUCUGCAAACUGACCCCGGGCCUGCUGAGUCAGGAUGUAGGCCAGAAGUGGACAUACACCAUGCGGGAAGGAAGAUGGGAAAAGGGGAUCACGGCCGGUGGCCCGAUGAAGUCACCCCGAGACACAUUCUGGAAGAACCCGCAGUUCCUGCUGUCUGUCUGGAGCCUUCAGGAGGGCAGGAGGUUCCCUAUGCCCUGCAGCGUGCUGGUGUCCCUGCUGCAGAAGCCCAGGCACAGGCACCGCAACUGGAAGCCUCACCUGGCCAUUGGUUUCUACCUCUUUAGGUUGAGCAAGCACUAUGGUGACCAGAGGAGACUGCCCUCUGAGUUUUUCUGGAAAAAUGCCCCCAUAAGAUGGCCUGAAGCAUUUCUCACAGAGAAAGAAGUGAGUCAGGAACUGCAGCUGGAGCCAGGGACAUACCUCGUUGUGCCCUGCACAUCCAAGGCUGGCCAGGAAGCAGAGUUUGUCCUGAGAGUAUUCUCCAGGAAGCACAUCUUUCAUGAAAUUGGACGCAAUUCUAGUGCUGUCUUCUCUAAGGAAAUAGUAGACAAAAAUGAAGGGCAGGAUGAAUUCUUCACUAAACUCUUUGAAAAGUGUCCAGAAAUAAAUGCAGUGCAGCUGCAGAAGGUCCUGAACCACAUGACCUGGUCAAGUCUGGGGAGUGCCCAGCCUUUCUUCAGCCUGGACGCCUGCCAGGGGAUCCUGGCCCUACUGGAUCUUAAUGCGUCGGGUACCGUGAGCAUCCAGGAGUUCAGGGACCUGUGGAAGCAGCUGAUGCUGUGUCAGGAGGUUUUCCACAAGCAUGACAGCAGUCACUCAGGAUACCUGAACAGGACCCAGCUGCAGGCUGCCAUGAGGGAUGCAGGAAUCAUGCUCAGCAAUGACGUCUGCCAGCUGAUGCUUAUCCGCUAUGGCGGCCCCAACCUCCAGAUGGACUUCGUCAGCUUCGUCCACUUGAUGCUGCGUGCAGAGUACAUGGAGGAUGCCUUUCAGAACUUAACCCAAGAUGGCAAAGGGAUCUACCUCCAGAAGCCAGAGUGGCUGAUGAUGACUCUGUACUCCUGA